CUCUCUCUCUCUCUCUCUCCUGCGCUUCUCUUUUCUUUUUGGUAUUCUUGUUUCUCAUAUAAGAGAAUGGGGGACUCUUCUGCUCAAUAUAUCCACAUGGUAAGCACAUAUAUAUAUUGGGAGUUUUGAUCCUUGACAUGACAAUUGUAUCUGUUACCCUCUUAUUUCUCAGAUUAAAAUUGAUCUGUGGGGUGUGAGAUAUAUUGUAGGUGCAGCACCUAAUAGAAGAGUGCAUCAUAUUCAAUAUGAGCAAAGAAGAGUGCAUGGAAGCUCUUUCCAAACAUGCAAAUAUCCAACCAGUCAUCACUUCCACAGUGUGGAAGGAGCUAGAGAAAGAGAACAAGGACUUCUUUGAGGAUUAUACAAAGAACAGAGAAGAAAGAGAAUCCAAGAAGGAGGGGGGGCAAAGAUUCCACAAGAUGCAUUUGGAUUCUUUUACAAAAGAUACCAACGGUGACGAUGAUGAGUAGUUCUAUUCAGAUAGCGAUGUCGGAGGCUUGGCUUUGCAUUAUUCACUUUAGGCUGCUGUACUGGUUCACCACAUGUGAUAUAUCCUAUUCAAGUGAAAGGUAAUUAGCUCAUAACUGCGUUG